GGGAUGUAGACCACAACCUGAACGCUCGGGAGACGGCAAAUUCCAGAGCUUUCUCCUCCCUCCUCGCCGCGUUCCCAAUUCCAUUCACCAACCCAAAAUAAAAUCCGUCCCCGACCAACCUAGUCGGGAAUUCAUCCGGCGAUCCCACCUUCCUUUCCGCUGCCUCCUUCGCCGCGCUCCGGGAGUUCCAGCUUGCCGAGCCCACCUAAUUGCUGGGGAAUGGGUAGAGGGCAGAACGGAAGGGACGAUUUAUUCGGUGGCAGGGACCCAUUUGCUGGGUUUGGUGGCUUUGGUCCCCAAAGGAGCUUGAUUUCUGGCAUCUUUGGAGGAACUGAUGAUCCAUUCUUUACCCAGCCAUUUGGGGGUCGGAUGGGUGGUCCUGGCAUGUUCGGACCUAGUCUUUUCCGGCCGAUGGGAGGCCGGUUCGGGGACAUGAGGAAUGAUGGAUUCCUCGGGCAAGCUCCGCCGAGAAGUAGCAGCAGGAAGCCUGUAAUCACCGAGCUUGAUGAGGAGGAAGGAGAAAACACAGAGCGCGGUAACGAGCGGUCGAACCAUGGUUCUUUAGUUCAGGAGCCGGAAGAUGGGAGUGAUGAGAUGGAAGGGGGCCGAGUCCAGCUGCGGAGGGAUUUCAAUAUGGCUAAUGGAGGGCAGUCACAGGCUCGUACUUUUACAUAUCAGAGCUCUUCUGUGACGUAUGGUGGUAUUAAUGGAGCUUACUACACCGCUUCAAAGACUUGGAGGGCUGGCAGUGAUGGAACUACUGUGGAAGAAAUUAAGGAAGCAGAUACAACCACUAAAGAGGCCACUCAUAGAAUCUCCCGAGGAAUCCAUGACAAGGGCCAUUCCCUGACAAGGAAGCUGAAUUCGGAUGGGAAGGUUGACACCACACAGAUACUGCACAAUCUGAACGAAGAUGAACUAGCUGGAUUUGAGGAAUCAUGGAAGGGGAAUGCUGGUCAUCACUUGCCUGUCUGGAAUCAAAAUGCUGGUGCACCUAAUAAUGAUAAUUCUGGUAACCGUGGCUCCAGUGGACGUGACCGGCGAUCUGCAUGGGGUUGGGUGCGUCCUGGAAGAGAGCAAGCCCGUGAUGCAAGCCGCAAUGAGAAGCCAAAAUCACGAGUCAUCCCAAUCUCCUGAAGAGAGUAUCUUAUAGCAUCCACGGAGUGAAUAAGUAAACGGCUGGUUUGUGGACAGCAAGGUCGAGGUCCAAAUUCGUUUGAAAUGAGCUAGGUCCAAGUAAUCGAGUCCUGAAGGCCUCGGUGUGCCCAGCGCUGGACGUUCUAUUGUCUGAAUGUAUCGGAACUGUAGAGAUCCCUAUUCAGGGUAUAUGUAGUUGUGUAGUACAUUGAUCUCUGAAACAAUUUGGCACCCAUGUUUUGUAUUGUAUGUUGGCUCAUCGAGUAUAUUACUAUCUUACGGUAAAAGUACCGUAUAUAUUGCAAACCUAAUUCAAUGCUCACUUCCUGCUGC